ACGGCGUCCUCUGGGAACACCGCUCUGAACGGAGAGGACGGCGUUGAGCAGACGGCCAUCAAGGUCUCCCUCAAAUGUCCAAUCACCUUCAAGCGGAUCCAGCUUCCAGCGAGAGGCCAUGACUGCAAACAUGUCCAGUGCUUUGAUUUGGAAUCGUACUUACAAUUGAACUGUGAGCGCGGAACGUGGCGAUGUCCAGUAUGCAAGUAAGUUACUUAUUAAAUUUAGUUUUACAGGGACAGUGCACAUUAAUCAACAUGACUGUAGAAGUGCCCGUUUUAAAGUGGCAGCUUUAGCCAGCUGGCAAAUUUUUAAACUGCAGUCCCUUUCAACUGCAGUUCUUUAUGCCUUACCUGAAAUACUCAGUUACACAAAAUUGAAAAGGUCAAUGACCCUCUGAUGGUUACCGUCUGUAUUCAGUCAGUAAUGUUCAUGUCCUCUCUCACCUCUGCAGUAAGACAGCGUUAUUAGAGGGACUAGAAGUUGACCAGUACAUGUGGGGGAUCCUGAACGCCAUCCAAAAGUAAGUUUGAUCAUAACGAUCUGAAUCAAUCACAUCAAAUUCAUCAACAAAGAAAAACCCUACUACACCAACGACCAUGAAUGUUAUCACUUAUCGACCUCCUUGAAAGAUUGGAUUCAUUAGAAGAUAUUGUCACUUUACAGAAGAUCCAUUCCACUGCAGAACUCUGAUUGCUGUCAAUCAGCCCGGGCCACAACAGCCGCAAUAGUCUUGAACUAGCCUCCUAUACAGCCAACCUGUGGUUCAUUUUUAAUCAACCCCCCCCCCCCCACCCACCCCCCCCCAGCUCGGAGUUUGAGGAGGUGACUAUAGACCCUUCGUGUAGUUGGAGGCCGGUGGCCAUCAAGUCUGAUAUCCACAUCAAGGAGGACCCAGAUGGACCCAUGGCCAAGAGGUUCAAGACCAUGAGCCCCUCCCAGAUGACCAUGCCCAACGUGAUGGAUAUGAUCGCCCAGCUCGGCCCCGGGCCCUCGCCCUACCCGACCCAACAGGGGGGCAACAACAGGGAAUACAUCAGCCAAGGUACGCUAUUUACAUACUUACUUUCUAACGUAAUCCUCUUAGUUACUGGAGGAACAUAUGGCCUGUAGCCAAGGUAGCAGCAUAGGUUUUAGAUGAUGUCUCCGUGUAACAUAGAACAAAAGUCCAUCUCUAUUUAUAUCUGUGCUUGUGUGCACUGUCAUAUCAUAGCUAUGUGAUUUUAGUAAAUAAGAUUUGAAGUGUAAGUGCUUCUAAAAGUAACUAGAUGUUUUUUAUUUUUGUUGUAUUACUAGGCAACAGUUACCAGGGCCACGGCGGGGGCUUUGACUUCCCCCAUGGGAACCCCGGUGGUACGACCAUGAACGACUUCCUGCACGGCCCCGCGCUGUCCCACCAGCCAGAGAUGUCCACCAGCCUCGUGGCCCAGGACAAACCCCUCUCACGCGGCAUACCCGACCCAGUAAGUCAUCAUCCUGUUCCAGCAUUGUAGUAGAGAUUUGUGGGCACUAAAAAGUUAGGUUGCGGUGUGGUAUUGGCAGAACAAUAUCCGCAUGGCGCUUUAGUGUCAUCUAGCAUAUGCAACAUGGAUCUCGAUCUAGUGUCAUCUAGCAUAUGCAACACGGAUAUCUAUCUAGUGUCUUCUAGCAUAUGCAACAUGGAUAUCUAUCUAGUGUCUUCUAGCAUAUGCAACAUGGAUAUCUAUCUAGUGUCUUCUAGCAUAUGCAACAUGGAUAUCUAUCUAGUGUCUUCUAGCAUAUGCAACAUGGAUAUCUAUCUAGUGUCUUCUAGCAUAUGCAACAUGGAUAUCUAUCUAGUGUCCUUUAGCAUAUGCAACAUGGAUAUCUAUCUAGUGUCUUCUAGCAUAUGCAACAUGGAUCUCGAUCUAGUGUCAUCUAGCAUAUGCAACACGGAUAUCUAUCUAGUGUCUUCUAGCAUAUGCAACAUGGAUCUCGAUCUAGUGUCAUCUAGCAUAUGCAACAUGGAUAUCUAUCUAGUGUCUUCUAGCAUAUGCAACAUGGAUCUCGAUCUAGUGUCAUCUAGCAUAUGCAACAUGGAUAUCUAUCUAGUAUCUUCUAGCAUAUGCAACAUGGAUAUCUAUCUAGUGUCUUCUAGCAUAUGCAACAUGGAUAUCUAUCUAGUGUCUUCUAGCAUAUGCAACAUGGAUAUCUAUCUAGUGUCUUCUAGCAUAUGCAACAUGGAUCUCGAUCUAGUGUCAUCUAGCAUAUGCAACACGGAUAUCUAUCUAGUGUCAUCUAGCAUAUGCAACAUGGAUCUCGAUCUAGUGUCAUCUAGCAUAUGCAACAUGGAUAUCUAUCUAGUGUCUUCUAGCAUAUGCAACAUGGAUCUCGAUCUAGUGUCAUCUAGCAUAUGCAACAUGGAUAUCUAUCUAGUGUCUUCUAGCAUAUGCAACAUGGAUCUCGAUCUAGUGUCAUCUAGCAUAUGCAACACGGAUAUCUAUCUAGUGUCUUCUAGCAUAUGCAACAUGGAUAUCUAUCUAGUGUCAUCUAGCAUAUGCAACAUGGAUAUCUAUCAAGUGUCUUCUAGCAAUAGUUUCUCACAAAAAACCUGUACACUGGUAGUUAAAAAAAAACGAGUUAACCUUUUAGUGCCUGCAACUGUACAGUGCUGUAGAUGAAGUCAUAUGCUUUACAGUACUGUAGAUGAAGUCAUAUGCUUUACAGUACUGUAGAUGAAGUCAUAUGCUUUACAGUACUGUAGAUGAAGUCAUAUGCUUUACAGUACUGUAGAUGAAGUCAUAUGCUUUACAGUACUGUAGAUGAAGUCAUAUGCUUUACAGUACUGUAGAUGAAGUCAUAUGCUUUACAGUUCUGUAGAUGAAGUCAUAUGCUUUACAGUACUGUAAAUGAAGUCAUAUGCUUUACAGUACUGUAGAUGAAGUCAUAUGCUUUACAGUACUGUAGAUGAAGUCAUAUGCUUUACAGUACUGUAGAUGAAGUCAUAUGCUUUACAGUACUGUAGAUGAAGUCAUAUGCUUUACAGUACUGUAGAUGAAGUCAUAUGCUUUACAGUACUGUAGAUGAAGUCAUAUGCUUUACAGUACUGUAGAUGAAGUCAUAUGCUUUAUCUGUAUCUUGCUCUCUUCCCAGAUAACUCAUCCUGCCAGAACUGACCAGUCCCACGGCCCGUUGCAACAGAGCUUACACGCCCCCUCUCACCCCGGCGGCCACUUGGGACAGCCGUUGCAUCACAGUGGGCCUCCUCAGCCCUCGCGACAACAGGCUCCGCCCCCACAGCAACAGCAUCCCGGCCCUAACGACCGCCUGCAGCAGUGCGACCCCUUCAACCCAUCAGACAGCUUAUUGAGCCAGGGCGGAGGGCAGGCGCUCCCAGAUAUGCCCCAACCUUCCUUGGAUGUAAGAUAUUUAGAUCAGGAUGAUUAUGAGAUGAUUAUAAGAUUUUAUAAAGGUGUCAUACAAUCUCUUGACAAGUGAAGGGAAAAGAGGGAUACCUAGUCAGUUGCAUAACCGAAAUGUGUCUUCCACAUUUAACCCAACCCCUCCGAAUCAGAGAGCAUUAUAACUGCAUCGCAAAUUCAUUAUUACCUGCAGGAUAGAUUUCAAGUGUUUUUAACACACGCUAUUUAAUCCAGACUGUUGUUCACGGUUUCAUUAAGCGCUUCAAUGCCAAUCAAUGUAAGACCAAUAACCUCGCUAGAGUCAUAGAGAUGUAUCUAUAUAUGUUUGGCUGUGAAGCUCUGUCCCCAUAGUGAUACCUAACUAACUUCUGUGUUGUCUUCUCCCCUCCCUCUGUAGCUCCUUCCAGACCUGGCUAACCCAGAUGACUUGUUGUCUUCUCCCCUCCCUCUGUAGCUCCUUCCAGACCUGGCUAACCCAGAUGACUUGUUGUCUUCUCCCCUCCCUCUGUAGCUCCUUCCAGAGCUGGCUAACCCAGAUGACUUGUUGUCUUCUCCCCUCCCUCUGUAGCUCCUUCCAGACCUGGCUAACCCAGAUGACUUGUUGUCUUCUCCCCUCCCUCUGUAGCUCCUUCCAGAGCUGGCUAACCCAGAUGACUUGUUGUCUUCUCCCCUCCCUCUGUAGCUCCUUCCAGAGCUGGCUAACCCAGAUGACUUGUUGUCUUCUCCCCUCCCUCUGUAGCUCCUUCCAGACCUGGCUAACCCAGAUGACUUGUUGUCUUCUCCCCUCCCUCUGUAGCUCCUUCCAGAGCUGGCUAACCCAGAUGACUUGUUGUCUUCUCCCCUCCCUCUGUAGCUCCUUCCAGAGCUGGCUAACCCAGAUGACUUGUUGUCUUCUCCCCUCCCUCUGUAGCUCCUUCCAGAGCUGGCUAACCCAGAUGACUUGUUGUCUCCCCUCCCUCUGUAGCUCCUUCCAGACCUGGCUAACCCAGAUGACUUGUUGUCUUACCUGGACCCUCCAGACCUCCCGAGCA